AACAUGUCUAAAUUUAUCAAACUUAGCGCCCUGUGCACAAUAGCCAUUCUUCUUCUAUCAAUGCUAGCAUGCACCGUAGCUCGUCCAGCACACAUCUCUCGUGUUGAAAUACAUCACUCGGUUGAAGAAGAGAUGACAAAAGAAGAAAUUUGUGAAGGAGAUGAAGAGUGUUUGAUGAGAAGAACAUUAGCUGAUGCUCAUCUUGAUUAUAUUUAUACCCAAAAUAAACAACCAUGAUUUUAUUUAUUUAUAUCUUAUUAUUAUAGUAUUAUUGUAGGGAGUAACUAUAUAUUUCAUAU